UCCCCAGUAUCAAUUGAGUUUCCGAUGCAGCAACCAAUCUAAGCAUGUUCACAACCUUUCUGCUACUUGUGCUCCUUGGAGGGAACACUUUUUCGGCAAUGAAUCCUUGUGUCGUGCAGCUAAAUUCCAAUACAAGAGCUGUCGGCAUUCGUAAUGAAACUUUUACCGGUACUCCGCAUUGUGUCUACCUGGGCGUUCGCUACGCACUGCCUCCGACGGGAACCAGACGAUUUUGGAACCCUGAACUGUACACUCCAAGUGGAUCGCAGAAUUAUACCACAUUCGGCAGUAUAUGUCCACAAUGGGAGGACAUGUCCAAGGAAGGCGAAAAGCCCAUAGGCGACGAAGAUUGUCUGUUCAUGAACAUGUAUGUCCCGAAAAAUCUAAAGUCCAGACAACAGAAAUAUCCAGUGUUAGUGUACCUUCACGGUGGGUCCUAUUUGGUAGGAUCUGCUGAGAACUAUUCCAUUUUUGGGGUGGAUCUUUUGAUUGAUAAUGAAGUCUUGGUGAUCGCCGUCAAUUACCGAUUGUAUGUCUUGGGAUUUCUGCGAGUGCCGGAAUGGAAUGUGACGGGUAAUUUUGGACUGAAAGACCAGCGCGCAGCCCUACAGUGGAUUCAAAGAUAUAUAGCGGCCUUCGGUGGAGAUCCCGAUAGAGUUACUCUCAUGGGUCACAGUGCAGGAGCAGCAUCGGCUGCUCACCAUCUGUACUCCGCCAGUUCUCGUGGCCUUUUCCACCGUUUGAUUCUGAUUGGAGGCACAAACAUUAACCCUUUUGCUUUUCGACGCGUCGAGGUCCCGAACAUGAGCGAAAAGCUGAAGACGCGAUUCAACGUUUCUUCUUUGGAAGAACUACAACGACUAAACGUUAGCGAGCUCUAUGGCGCCAGGAUACUUCGAGACGUGUUCUUUUUCAACGAUGUCAUUUCGUAUUUCACUCCUAACCUCGAAGACCCAGCCGAUCCCGAAGCAGUCAUCGCCGAGUCUCCCUAUGAGCUGGUCCGACGGAAACCCGCCAACCAAGUUCCUAUCAUGAUGGGAUUGACUGCUACGGAGAUGGAAAAGAUACAAUUCAAACGCAACGAGUUUUUCGUGGGAAAGAAAGUGCCGAUGAAGCAC